AUGAUGCAAGUGGGAAAAGCCCGCUACCGUACGAGGCUUUGCCUGUCUCCGAUCAAGAAGGCAUGCCUGGACUUGCCGUUCCUUUACACCCUGUUUCAGACUUACUUCGUGCGCCACCGCAGUCAUACCUGUGCCCAGCUGUAUGAAGUUUUGCUGCCGCUGCUAGAAGCUACAGAAGAAGGCGAUGCUUGGCCAACCACACCCCAGCGAGCUGGCACUUGCUAUACGAAGUGCAUCUUUCUGGCGCUGAAGGUGCUAUUGGGCCAGCUAGGACUGGAGACGGCAGGGUUGAAGAAGUGGAUGCUCAACUUCCGCAUCUUCUACCUUGAAAAGAUGGUUGAAGACUUACAGCAGUCCUGCCACAAGCUCACUAUCAGUGAUCGAAUUAUUCUGACUGUGGCCUUGAAGCAAGUUGCUCGUCGUUGCGUGCGCCAGAACUCUGCAUCGGUCGCCCGCGGUCGAGUCCAUGUUUGUUUGCAGAAGAUUUGGUUGGCUGCGCCCCCAAUGCCAUGGCUUGGACUUUUUGCAGCAAAGCUGGAGACGAAGGAUCGCCCAUUGGAAUUCCCGAAGAGCUCAAGGAGCUUCAAAGGAUUUCAACUUUUGGCAGCUAGUGCCACGAUACCUCCGGAAGUCCAGAAUGCUUUCGCAGGGCCUUCCGCUACAAAGGCAGCCAACCCACAUGUGGACCUCACCGGCAUUGCGUCUGCAAGCGCCUCCGGUCCCAGUCUUGAUGCUGUGCUUCAAGCUGCUUUGAUGUGCGAUCGGCUGGAGGAGGUGCUCAGUUGCUCCUACCGAUCCAAGCAGUUGAUCGUUGGCAUCGUGGAGUCCUUGGUUUUUGCAGACGGCCGAAGCCUCUGGCUAGUCGACCUCGGUGUGCUUUCGCUGGCUCGCGGCAGGGAGGUGCUGACUGCCAUCCACCGUUUGGGGUCACACCUUUUGGCUGGCGCACGCUCCAAUUUUCUCGGGCGAUGCUCGGCUGCCUCAGCGCUGCUUGCGCUAGCAAGCCUCCUGGAGCUCUUCGAGCGUGUGCUGAUGGUGACGAAAGAUUCCAAGCUGGCCACGGCAGUCGCGGCAGCCACCUCCAAAAGUGACAGAGCUGGAGGCGGAGCCCUUGGUGCAGCUCUGUGGUCCCUACGCCCUUGGCAGAAGGAUGGGCGACCCCCCAGCUUGGCAGAUCUGACUGCCUGGAUGCCGCUGACGUCGCCUGCCAUGUUGGAAGUGCGGCGCCGCCUUUGCAGAAACCAGCAGAAGGUUGAAAGGGUUGAAGGCACCACCUGCAGCCUGUACAUGGAAGAGCCUUCUGUUAUUCUUUUUGGGCCACCAGAGCAUCAGGGCAGCGAGCUCUCCUCUACGGAGGCUGUUGGUUGUGGCAGGGCCUUCACGGAGCUGGUGACAAAGUUGGUGUCUUUGCAUCCUCUAAAGAUGCCCAACAUGCCCACGGUCGACCGGCCCUACCAGGACUGGGAGGUACAAGUGGCCUGGGCCUUUGAUGAGGGUUUGGACACUGCCUGCCCAGAGUGGGCACAGGCUCGCGACUUAGCAGUUUUCUUUCAGAUGCUCGUGGGCAGCCUCCCAGCGUUAGCCCAAUCGCUUGAAGGGGGCGCGGUUCCACCAGCUGCUGAUCACGUGCUGGCUGCAGGCAGCGUGGGGAAGUGUGGCUUCAGCCUGAAUCUCUUCAAUCCACCCUGCAAGCUCACGGUGAAUCUUCUGCACAGCUGCGUCAUCCCUUCACGGCAUGCGAACUUCCUGUUCAGCCAGCCGUCGUUGGCCCAUCCAAAGGUGCUCUGCCCAUCUCUUCCGCAUCUUCGCUUUGGACGCAACUUGGAGAACGAAAUCGCUUCAGCCCCGGCACUCCCGAACUUCGACUUCUCGCUGACUCAAGCUCAGGCGGAAGCACUGCUGAUGAUUCUGAACUGCCCUGGGCUUCGCAUCCCCAUGCUGAUCCAGUUCGUGGUUCCAAACCACAUUGCCUUGCUUCACAACCGGCAGUUCCAGCGGAUCUUCUUUGCUUGCCUAUUUGAGCCAGGCUCUUUCCCAAAAGACUCCAAGGACGAGAAGGGGUCAGCGGCACCACCCAGGGUCGAAUCCCUCCAACAGGCCCAGGUACCUUGUAUUGACCCAUUGGCCGUGGAAUUCGGGUGGCUGUGCACUGAGAUGGCUACGAAGCAGCAGCUCCGAAUGUUCAGGGCCAAAACUGCAAGCAGAGAAGGGUGUGAGAUGGGCUGA